AGGAGAGGAAUUCCUGCUGCCGCUAGGGUUUGUGGGUAGCAAUGUGCGGAGUUGUUAGGGAGGUGUAAGUGAGACCGAUAUUGAGCCUACGGCCGCCAUAUAGUCUAACUGUUUCGGAAAGAGAAAGUGUAAUUGCCUUGAUCUAGUGCCAAUCUAUGCAUUUGGAAGUCAGGUUGGCAACGUUGUGAAAAGAAGAGCUUGGAUUUGAAAUUGACUUGACGAAGAAUCAAUUCUACACCAGGACUCAAACAAAAACGGAUUAGGUCAUUUCAGUGGGGACCAGUGCAUAAGAACCGAAUUUGUUCAUUAAAGCGUCAUAAAUCGUGUUUGGAGGUGGUAUUGCUCAUUAAACAAAUCUCGUAACAAGCUGUGAAACAGGAACACAGACCUCGUCCGUUGAUUGCAGGUACUGCCAAGCUGAUCUCGGACAUUCAGAAUUUUUACGGUCGACAGUUGAAAGACCUGGAUUCAUCAAAUUGCUGCAAUGUCGUCUGGAGCGGAGAGGAGACUAGAAAGCCGGCUAAGAAAGCUGGAAUCGAUGAUCAGUGAUCCGAAGUCUGUAUUGAAUUUGGAAAGCCUUCUGGAUUCUAUGAAUGCCUUGGCUGUGGACUUAGACUACCCAGCGCUACGGAAAAACAAAAACAUAGAGGCCUUUCUGAACAGAUAUGAGAAGGUGGUGGGUCGCCUGCGCGAGCUGCAGGUAAAACUGGAGGACUUUGAAAGGGUGAAGCUGAUAGGCCGAGGAGCCUACGGGGAGGUGCAACUGGUACGACACAAGGCCUCCAGAAAUGUGUACGCAAUGAAACAACUCAGCAAGUUUGAGAUGAUCAAACGCUCAGACUCUGCCUUCUUCUGGGAGGAGCGAGACAUCAUGGCCUUCUCCAACAGUCCCUGGGUAGUCCAGCUGUGCUGUGCCUUCCAAGAUGAUCGUUAUCUCUACAUGGUCAUGGAGUUCAUGCCUGGCGGGGACUUAGUCACCUUGACGAUGAACUAUGAUAUGCCAGAGAAGUGGGCUCGCUUCUACUUGGCUGAGGUGGUUCUAGCUCUGGAUGCCAUCCACUCCAUGGGCUUCAUCCACCGGGACGUGAAGCCAGACAAUAUGCUACUGGAUGGGAAAGGACACCUCAAACUGGCCGAUUUCGGUACCUGCAUGAAGAUGGACUCAACGGGCAUGGUGCACUGUGACACGGCAGUGGGCACACCAGACUACAUUUCACCAGAGGUCCUGAAGUCUCAGGGUGGUGACGGGUACUACGGCCGUGAGUGUGACUGGUGGUCUGUGGGUGUCUUCGUCUUUGAGAUGCUAGUCGGUGAAACUCCGUUCUACGCAGAUUCACUGGUGGGAACCUACGGAAAGAUCAUGGACCAUCAGAACUCCCUUUACUUCCCAGAAGACAUGGAGAUGUCCCAGAAUGCCAAGGACCUCAUCUGUGCCUUUCUAUCUGACAGGGAAGUGCGUCUGGGUCGCAACAGUGUGGAUGAGAUCAAGAAACACCCUUUCUUCAGGAACGACCAGUGGACCUUCGAGACCAUCCGAGAGACGGUGGCUCCAGUGGUGCCAGAGCUGAACAGUGACAUAGACACCAGCAACUUUGAUGAGAUUGAGGAUGAUAAAGGAGAUGCAGAGACCUUCCCUCCUCCCAGAGCCUUUGUGGGAAACCACCUGCCUUUCGUGGGCUUUACUUACUUCAAGGAAGAUGAGCUACUAAGAGGAAAAAUAGGGGGCACUUUAGAAGAAACAGACGACGUUGUGGAUUGCUUUAAGAAACAAGAGGACCUCUCUGAAGACAAAGAGCCUGAUCUGCAGAAGAAAUGUCAUCAUCUCGAGGAACAACUCAACCAUGAGAUGCAAGCUAAAGACAAUCUGGAGCUCAAGUGCAGAAAUGCCACCAGCCGUUUAGAGAAACUGGUCCGAGAACUUGACGAGGAGAUGAGUAGCAGACAGAAGGUUGAGUUGUCCCUGAGGCAGCUGGAGAGAGAGAGAGCCCUACUGCAGCACCAGAGCUCGGAGAACCUCCGCAGGGUUGAGCUUGAGACGGAACGCAAACGCACCCUAGAGAACGAAGUCAACAGCCUGCGAGACCAGCUAGAGGAGCUAAAGAGGAGGAAUCACAGCUCUCAGGUCUUCAAUGAGAAAAACAUCCAACUGCAGAGACAGCUGGAGGAGGCUACGGCAUUGCUCCAGGGGGAACAGGAGGCCGGGGAGAAGCUGAAAAAGAGCCAGAUGGAGGCUCAAAAGCAGACCCAAGUUUUGGAGCUCAGCCUCCGUGAUCACCAGGAUAAGCUCAGCCUGCUGGAGAACAGCAAGAUGGAACUGGAGCAGCACCUGAUCAGCCUCCAGGCAGCCCUAGAGGCAGAGAAGAGAGACCGCAGCCAAGGGUCGGAGAUCAUUGCUGACUUGCAGGGGCGUUUAUCAGUUCAGGAGGAUGAGGUUAAGCAGAUGAAGAUCUCUCUUUCUCUGGCCCAGACCGAGGAGAAAAGGCUACAGCAGAAGCUUGCAGACCUGGAAAGAGCGAAGAGCAACCAGGCAAUCGAUCUGACCUUCAAGCUCAAGUCCCUCCAACAAUGUCUGGAGCAGGAAGAGGCGGAGCACAAGGCCACAAAGGCAAAACUAGCAGACAAGAGCCAGAUCAACCAAUCAAUUGAGGAGGCCAAAUCUGAAACUCUCAAAGUGAUGGAGAAGAGCCUACAUGAGGAACAUAACACCAAGCUGCAGCUGGAGGGCCAACUUCUGCAGCUCGAGAAAGACCACUCUCUGCUGGUCUGUGACUACAAGCAGGCCCAGAACAAACUGGAAGAACUGCACACAACCAAGGACAAGCUCACCGAGGAGGCAUCAAAUUUGACCUUGCUCCUGGAGCAGGAGAUGCAGAAACGUAGACUUACCCAGACUGACCUGAAGGUACAGACCCAGCAGGCCACAGUGCUACGCUCCUCUGAGAAGCAGUUGAAGCAGGAACUUAAUCACCUGCUGGACAAGAAGCACAGCCUGGAGAAACAGAACCAGGAGCUACGCAGGGAGAGGCAAGAGGCUGACGGGCAACUGAAGGAGCUAAAAGACCAGUUGGAGGCAGAGCAGUAUUUCACGACCCUGUAUAAGACUCAGAUCCGGGAGCUAAAGGAGGAGUGUGAUGAGAAGAAUAAACUGUAUAAGGAUGCCCAGCAAAGACUGGAAGAGUAUCAGGAGGAGAGGGACUCCUUGGCUGCCCAGUUGGAGGUGAGCCUGACCAAGGCAGAUUCUGAGCAGCUUGCCCGCUCCAUAGCCGAGGAGCAAUACUCAGACCUGGAGAAGGAGAAGAUCAUGAAGGAGCUGGAGAUCAAGGAUAUGAUGGCCCGUCACCGACAGGAGCUGGGAGACAAGGAGGCCACCAUCAGCUCUCUGGAAGAAUCCAACCGCACGUUGACAGUGGACGUGGCCAACCUGGCCAAUGAAAAAGAAGAGCUGAACAACCAGCUGAAGGAGAUGCAGCAGCAGCUCCAAAAGUCCAAGGAGGAGGAGAGACAGAUGAACUCUGUGAAACUCUCCUUUGAGAAGCAGCUACAGAAUGAGAGGACUCUCAAAAUACAGGCUGUCAACAAGCUGGCGGAGAUCAUGAACCGGAAGGAGGGGGUGCGUGGCAGUCACCGAGUCAGUAGCGUGGACACGGACGUCCACAGGAAAGAGAAGGAGAACAGGAAGCUACAGCUGCAGCUGAGGUCGGAGCGUGAGAAGCUCAACAGCACCAUCAUCAAAUACCAGAAAGAGAUCAACGACAUGCAGGCGUUGAUUUCAGAUGACAGCCAGGUCCGUCUGGAGCUGCAGAUGGCUCUGGACAGUAAGGACAGUGAUAUUGAACAGCUUCGCUGUCAGAUCAGCUCUCUCAGUGUCCAUUCUAUGGAGUCCACCAGCAUCAGCAGUGGUAAUGACCUGGACAUGGAUGACACCUACCCAGUGCGUAUCACUCACUCCCACACCUCUGAGUCCAUGUCCUUCAAAUACCAGCGCACCCACCAAUCUGUCUGCAUCGACACCCGGCCCAACCUCAGAGCCGCUCACACCCUCUUUGAAUCUGACUCUGAGGAUGAGGAGGAGUGUGGAGGGGGUAGCCGGUUAAAUCAUGGUCACCUGCCCUUGGCUCUCACCCAUGACCAAUCCCUUGAGCCUCAGCACGCAGAUGCCAGGUUGGAAGGCUGGCUGUCACUUCCUUCCAAGAACACCAAGAGGUUUGGCUGGGAAAGAAAGUACGUGGUUAUGAGCAGUAGGAAGAUUCUGUUCUACAACAGCGAGGUAGACCGAGAGCAGUCCAACCCCUUCUUGAUCCUGGAUAUUGAUAAGCUGUUCCACGUUCGACCAGUCACUCAAACAGAUGUUUACCGUGCUGAUGCCCGAGAGAUACCAAGGAUAUUUCAGAUCCUGUACGCCAACGAGGGUGAGAGCAAGCGGGAGCAGGAGUUAGCAGUGGAGCCGCUGCCUCCGAGUGAGCGCGCAUCCUACAUUGGCCACAAAGGUCACGAGUUCAUCCCCACACUCUACCACUUCCCCUCCAGCUGCGAGGCGUGCACACGGCCCCUCUGGAACGUCUUCAAGCCUCCGCCUGCUCUCGAGUGCCGCCGCUGCCACACCAAGUGCCACAAAGACCACCUGGACAGAAAGGAGGAGGUCAUUGCCCCCUGUAAGGUGAACUACGACAUGUCAACAGCCAAACACCUCCUCCUGUUGGCGGGUUCCCAAAAGGAACAGCAGCGAUGGGUCAGCCGUCUGAUCAAACGCAUACCUAGAAAACACCCCACCACCGUCCCGGCGGGUGGAAGCUCUCCCUUGCAGCCGGCAGCCCGCUCGUCUCCCCGGAUCUCACCCCGGCCCUCCCCCAGGAACUCCCCUGCCCUGUCCACCCACCGCAUGGCAAUCAAGUUGCAGUCCAGCCGACAACAACCUGUAGAGAAGCCCAGGUUGCUUGAGUUUGGCCUUAAGGACUGGAAUUGGUCACUGGAUGAGGACGAUGAUGACGAUGUGUUUGACUUCUAAAGAAGGAAACUGAGGCUAACCUGGUUUACACGGAGGAGUGCUACGUCCUGUCACAUGGACAUUGUCACUUCAAAAUGCCCGAAAUUUACAUUUCUUAUUCAAUAAUGGUCACGUCAACCAAAUAUUGUGCAUUAUAGAAAGUCCAAUAUAAAUUGUGAAAAUUAUAUUUAUACUGCUAGGCUUAUUGUCAUCAUUUUUGGCUACAAACCAAAACAUCGUAUCUACCUGCACUUCUUCAAGUGUCAUUUGGUGGUAUUGGCAAAGUUAGUGAGAGUUUGUACAUAACAGAGUGAAUGGUCUAUAAGGUUUGUUGCCAAAUAGAGAUUAUCUUCAAGCAUGUCUCCUUUCAUGUGAUCGUUUUAUUUUUCUGAAGACAAAAUAUUACUUUCCUCAUAUUCCGUACAUCACAGGACCUGCAAAAUGGAUGAAAGUACAAAAUUGAAAUUGUUGUUGUCAGCUGUCAGAAUUCUAUGUCUACACAAAACAUAUUUUUGCUGUUAUUCAGAAAAGGAUGUGUUCAUUUUACAGGGAAAUGUGAAAAUAAUCUUUUUGCCGUCUUAUUGCCAUGUACACAGCCAGACAAAGAACUGAGUAUGUUAACUAUCUGUUCACUACCUAUCAUGUUUGAAAAAAGAUGAAUAAAUGUUAUGUGGAAGGUU